AUGAAUCAUAUUGUUCUUCCACUUUUUUGCUUACUCAUCUUUUUCAACAUUUCCCAUGCUGUAAGUUUAGAAAAUUGCUUCUUAGACCCAAAAAUCCAACAUUUUUCAGUGUCCACCAAGUUUGUCCAGUCUGAACCUUCCGCCGCCUGUCAUUCACAUGGAGUGCUUGAGAAAACAGUAUCUGGAAAAUCGAUUUUGAAGAAAUUGAAAAGCAAAUUUCCAGAAAUCCAUGUCAAGCCGGGUACAUUUGUAGACGGUACAGAUGCGUGAGGAACAGCCGAGUUUUCGCGAGUAAAACUGAAGGUUUUGAUGGGGUUGGUUCAUUUUAAAAGUGAAAAAUAUAAUAACAUAGUUGCUUGCUCUAGAUAUCAUCCAACUUUCAGGACUUUAAUUUCUAUCUGAAAAUGGAAGAAUGCUGUGAGUCCAAGUUCCUUGCCAACCGGUGCUUGGCCUUCUGCUCCCUGGCCAGUUACAACGAGUCGACCGUCUUCAGAUUGCUGUCGGAACCGAAUCGGUGUCCGAUGAGUGCGCUGAGGACCAUCCACUAUUGCGCAAGUCAGAAUUUGGACCAUCGGGAGUGCUGUCAGAAGGUAAGGUAUCAAAAAUGUUUCCAGAAAAGCUCGACUGUAUUCUCAAGUUGAUACAAUUUCAGAAACUCAUCCCUCCAGACUGUUUGGAUCUUUGCCAGCCCUCCGACGAUUCCGUCCAGUUCGACGAGUCCAAACUCCACUGUCUGCAGUACAUUUCUGUCAUGAAAACUUGUUUUUAUCCUUUCUCGGAACGGAACAUUUUGAAAGUAUUGCUCUGAAAUCGAAACAAACCAUGAGGUACCAAUCUAGAGAUGCCAAACUUUUUUGUUACAAAGAUUUGAGCGUUCUUUUUUCACUUUUAUAUGUUAAACGUACAAGUUCAGAAAUCUGCAAAAAAAAACCAUCAUAUACUUUAUAUUGUACUUUAAAAGUUCCAAGGUUACCUCAGAAUCCACGUUUCGCUGCCCCCAAUCCCAAUAAACCCAAAUGUUGUUCUUGUUGCUAAUGUUCAUUGAACCUGGCCGCCGCCCGAGUCGGUAGCUGUCAAAUCGUUAAACACAAACAAAAAUUUGCCGGAAGAGAUCCGGGGAGCAUGUUGGCACGACUAUAUAAUAGCCAACCGGGUGCCGUUAACACAGAUAUCACAUUUUGAUAUGAACCUAAACUUUCUCGCAUUCUCUUUUACUUUUUUGAUUUCGAACGUUUAUUCUUCUGAAUUGACGACAAGUUCUGUGAAGAAUGGUUAGUUUUUGAAGUAUUACACUUUGAAUAGUAGCAAACUUGACAUUUUUGUGAAUAACCUUCGGGUUUCUUAAAGGAUUUUGAGGGGUUGAGUCACCGUAAUCUUCCAGAAUCGGUGGUGGACCUCUCGAAAGUGGCGCGUGACCAGGGAGCCAUUGUAGUAGCCGCUUUCCCGGCCAUCUCGACGAUUCGAGCCGCGAAGAACAAGAAGAAGUUGGUGUUAUCGGCGUUCGAAAGAAGCCACGCCAACACGGGUGCCACGUUCUCGAGAAGAGGCGCCUCCACCGGAAAUCCCUAUGCUUCGUAUGUUUACUUUUUCGAAUUGGCUCUAUGCUGUUUAUUCAGCGGAUAUCAAGGUGUUCCGGAGUCGCAGAGCAGCGGAACCGGCGAGCGAAUGGGCGGAAUGACGAGGAGCGGAAAGAGGACUUUUGGAAGUUACGGUCAGUUUUAGAAGGAAAAGAGUGCGCCGUAAAUACUGUAAGAGCAGGAGAACCCAAAUACCGUUGAUUCAAAACGAUGUAUUUCAGCAAUGGCUGAAGAUAUCAAAAAAUUGUCAACUGAUGACAUGUUCAGUAUGAAAUUGUGUACAUCUUAUCAGUUUACAAGCUUUUGAUAUCUCUUCAGGCAACUGAGAUAUAUUGUUAUGAAUGAACGUUAUUUACGGUAUAUUUGUAUAGACUUGCUUUCUGUAUUUUGACACCGUAUGGCGCAGAACAAAAUUUUUGUAUGUUUCAGGGAGUAUAGACAGUGCAAAAGGCCAAUCUUCGGCUAGUCGGGCCGGAUUCGGAUCCGGAUGGAGAGGUGGAUCUGGAGGAAGAAACGACGGAGAAAACGACGAUUGGAAUAAUAACAACUACAACUCCAACUCGAAUCGAAAGAUGAACAAGUACAGUGGAAAUGGUGGCCGAAACGAUAAUGGAGAUGAUUACGGUUAUUCUGGAGCUGGAUCUGGGUCUGGAAGUGGAAACGGAAACCAAGACAACUGGGGCGAAAAUAGCGGAAAAGGAAAUUCGUGGUCGAACAAUAAUAACGGAGACAACGAGGACGGAUGGAAUAGCUACAAAGGCAACGGAAAUUCAAACUCGAACACUAAUUACGGAAAUGGGAACGGCAACUCAAAUGCGUGGGGAAACAACAACGAUAACGACAAUAACGGCAGCUACAACAGCGGAAAUGGCGGAAAAUCGUCGUGGCGUGGAAGCGCGGGCGGUUCGGACAAUUCCAACAACAAUUGGGGCGAGAAUAGCGAUGGCGGCGGCUCGGGUUACGGUAACGAAGGAUCGUGGAAGCCGUCUGGAGGCAACAGCUUCGGAGGAAAGAGCCGCGGCGGAAAUGGAGGUGACAAUUGGGAGAACAACAAUAACGGAGGCGGAUUGAGCAACAAUUGGAGCGGUGGAAAUGGAGGAGGAGGAGGAGGAGACAAUGGUGACAGUGGAAACUGGGGAAGUUCUGGAGGAUCUGGAGGAUCGGGAGGCAACAAUUGGAACAACAACAAUAACAAUGGAGGCGACAACAACUGGGGAACCGAUAACAGUAAUAAUGGAAACUACGGUAGCAGCAGCAGCAGCAACAAGUGGAACGGAAAUGGCAACCAGGACAACGACAACAACGACGGAGGCUACUACAGUAAGAAUUCGGGAUACGGUAGCUCGAACAACAACAACAACAAUGGCGACAACUGGAACUCGAACAAUAACGAUGGAAACGGAGGAGGAUACGGUAACAACGGAUGGAGUGGCAAUGGAGGCGGAGGAUGGGGAUCCAGUAAUAAUGGAAAUGAUAAUAGUGAUAACAAUAAUGGUAACAACAACAACAACAACAACUGGGAGAACAACAAUAGUAAUGGCGGUGGAGGAGGCAGUGAUAAUUGGAACGGAGGCAACGAGAAUCAAGGAGGAAAUCAGGGAAAUCAGGGAAAUGGAGGAAAUGGAGGAGAUGAGGACUAUGGAGAUUGGUACAAUAUGCGCUUGAAAGACCCCCUCCCCCAGAAACCAGCAGCAUCGGAAGCCAUCGUCAAUUCGGAGGUCGAGAAGAAGAUUGCCGAACUCACCAAUUUGGACACCUACCGACUUUGA